CACACACACACACACACACACAAGGGUGCUCAUACCAACUGGUGACAUCAAAAUCAAAUUUGUACUCUAGUACGAAUGUCAGCUUCCUGGUUUUGAUACUGUAAUACAUUAACAAAGUGACAUACAUGUCACUAUGGCGAGAAGCUAGUUGAAGGGUCCAGGGGACCCGACUAUUAAUGCAAACUCCUGUCAGUCUAUUUUAUUUUUAUUCUAAACUUUAUUUCAAAAUAAAAAUUUGUAAAGAGUUGAUGAGAGAGAAAGAUGUGAGGUUUACAGUGAAAAGAUGUGCUGGAAUAAUGUCUUUUUUUCUUUAGUUUUUUGUCCUGCAGGUGCAGCCUAACUGUUACCACCAUCAUUAUUAGUCAUGCGUACCAGAAGUACUUCUCAUAAGUCUAACUCAAAACUCCCAAGGUCUUGCCACUAGAAGAAACUUUCCAGAAGCAAUCUGGCAAACUUAAAUUGUAGUUAAACAAUUUUUAAAAAAUUGGUUACCUUUCGCUCUACCAGAAAUAACUGAUCCAAAAAUAUAAUGACAAUUACACCAAUUACAAUGGAGGCAGCCAGUAGAAAAUGUCUAAGAGUUAGCUGAGCAUACAUAGGACCAUUAUGAAAAAGUGAAUUUUCAAAACCAUAAUAAAGAACAAGCACGAUGAUCUGAAUAAAUGGGAAUAUGCCCUCUGCUUUUGCAUAGGAUUAAAAAUAGCAAAACAGAGCUCCUUAAGUUGCUUUUUUAAACUUAUAUGCACCAUUAAUUUGAUUUUUCCUUUCAUGGAUUUGUGACCCUUGGAAGCAGUUUCACAUCUUUUGUCUACAUAGUAAUUGGAUAUCACAGGGAACAGUAGGUAAAUUUUCCCACUUUGAAAUAAGGCAUUCCUUCAUUCACCAGAUAUUUACUGGGCACCGACCAUGCAGCAGAUACCAUAUGUCUCAGCCUUCCUGGAGUUUACAUCCCUGUGUACAGAAUACUGAACAUCUUCCCAUUUAACACAAAACUGAAAUAAUCUAAUUAAGAAAUUACGGAUAAGGAGGGGAGGGUAUAGCUCAGUGGUAGAGCGCAUGCCUAGUGUGCAUGAGGUCCUGGGUUCAAUUCCCAGUACCUCCAAUAAAUAACAUAAUAUUUAAAAAAAAAUCAAAACUAAAGUCAAAAUUCCAUGACAAGCAAAAUAUCAAAAUUUUAAACACAGGCAGCCACACUACCAUGCCACAAUACCAAGUCUGAGGCAAAAGGAAAAAAGUAUGUCCAUAUAUAAAUGAUUUUGUGUAUUUUUUAAUGGUUUUUUUCCCCAAGAACAUUAAACUAUUUGAAAAAUAUUGAAAUGUUGAAGAGCAGCUAUACUAAAAUUCUCAUCAUUUUUAGUUUAAAUAUUUUAUUUAGACCCAAACCAGAAUUUCCUUAAAUUUUAUUUUCCUGGUUUUAAUGGAAUCAAAUUCAUCAAUAUAGUUUUAAAAUCAACUUUUGAGGAAAACUAACGAUUAAAAAAUACACAAAAGCAUGUAUAUAGGAAUGCACAUUUUAAAAUUUUGCCUUAGUUUCCAAUAUGAGCCCACUGAGAAACUGAGAAACAAAGAUAUGGUUAGUUCAACCUGUUUCACACAGUGCACGCAAAGCCUUAGAAUCUAACCCAGAACUUCGGCUAAGUGGUUCAUUCAAUCAAGUAAAACAAAAAUAUUUAGAGAGGUUUUCUUUUUAUAUUUUUAGGCUCAUUAUUACAAAAAUUGUAUCAGUGCUUACUUUGGCUUGGUGUCAGAUAUUUGUAUUCAUACGAACAAAGAUAUAAGAAAUUCAUGAAGCUUAAUAUGGAUUCCUUUCUAUCAAAGACAUUUAAAACAUAUAUUUGGAAACAUUUCAAGUUUACUGUGAACAGAAUUAUCAGGGACUUGGGAUAGAAGUGACAAUCUGCUUCAAAGAAAUGGCUUGUACUCAAGUAUGGAGCUAUGCCUUCUCAAUUUAAAAUUGGAAGAUGAACUAUACUUCAAUCAAAAAUAAAUCUCAACUACAAUUCAAUAAUAAAAUAAAAUAAAAUUGGAAGCAGCUUCCCUGUUACUGCACUUCCAAAAACAAAUGCAAAAGUGUCACACAUGAGCUCCAAAUCAAUUUUAAGUGAACACAUAAAAGAAUUUUGACCACUUUUGAUUUGGAGUGGAAUGUAGAAUUAACAACAGGCACCCAGAUUUUGUACCAUAGAUAUGCCAAAAGAUAUUUUGAAACCCCUCUUGGCAAAAAUUAUAUUACAUUAUGAUUCAAAGUUGCAUCGUAAACAGAGUCUACUCAAAGACUGGGGUUUGAGAAAUGUGAGAGUUGCAGUUUUCUUGUAAAAAACAGGAAAGAGCCAAUGCUUCCUUCCUGCUGGAGCUUUUUAUAAAUUAUUCAAAUUAAGUGCGGUUGGUUAAUUCUUAAAGUACCUAGCUCUUAACGACAUACUACAUCAUAGGGAGUCUGCUAUGUGGUGGGAGAGAGAAGCAGGGUUUUUAAAAGCAUCUAUGUGCAAGUAAACAGGGCAGUGCCUAGGUACUAGGUUAUAGUGUUCUGCAGAAUAAUCAUACACAUUUAUACAUUAAAAAGUGCUAGAUUUAUGGUAAGUAGCCUGAUCAGGGUAAUCAUUUUUUAAUGUAUAGAAAUAGCGAAUCACUAUGUUGUGUAUCAGGGACUAACACAGUGUUGUAAGUCAAUUAUACUUCAAAAACAAACUCAGAGGAAAAGAGAUCAGAUUUGUGUUUAUCAGAGGCAGGUGGUGGAGAGAAGGGGAAUUGAAAAGGAGAGCCAGGGAUUCCUGAAACUCAAUACGGAAUUUGGCUUCUAAAAGAGAUUCUAAAAUAAAUCGGGAGUUUGAGAUUUGCAGAUGCUCCUCUAUAGAAACUAUAUAGCAGAUAUAACUACUAUCUAUAAAAUAAAUAAACACGAGUUUCUACUGAAGAGCACAGGGAACUAUAUUCAAUAUCUUGUAGUAACCUAUAAUGAAAAAGAAUAUGAAAAGGAAUAUAUGUAUGUAUAUGUAUGACUGAAACAUUAUGCUGUACACCAAAAAUUGAUGCAACAUUGUAAACUGAUCAUAUUUUGAUUUAAAAAAAUGUUUAAUUAAAAAUAUAAAAAAUAAGAAAAUAAAAAAGAUGUAGAGGAUGGAAGCAGAAUCAACUGGAACUAUUGAGUCACACAUCCUCUUCCUCCCCCUGAGUAAUGCCUUGUAGGAGCGACUAAGUCACUGGAGGCGAACGAGCAACUGUCAUUCUUUUAAGAUACCCAGAGAGAAGCAACGACAGACUAUGGGCAGGCAAGUGAGGGGUGGCACUAGCUCUCUGGGAAAGCAGAAAAGCACCCUCCACCAGCAGGUGGUGCAUUCAAAGGAGGGGAGGAAAAUGCCAUCAGCCUCGAACAAACAACUGAGAUCCUGUUGUGUCUCUCACCUGCUGAAGCUGCUGGUCUCAAGGAAGGGAUCAAUUUUGUUCGAAAUAAGAGCACUGGCAAAGAUUACAUCUUGUAUAAGAAACAGAGCCACCUGAGAGCCUGUAAGAAUAUGUGCAAGCACCAAGGAGGCCUGUUCAUAAAAGAUAUCGAGGAUUUAGAUGGAAGGUCUGUUAGAUGCACAAAGCACAACUGGAAGUUAGAUGUGAGCACCAUGAAGUAUAUCAAUCCUCCAGGCAGCUUCUGUCAAGACGAACUGGUUGUAGAAAAGGAUAAAGAAAAUGGACUUUUGCUUCUGGAACUGAAUCCUCCUAACCCCUGGGAUUCAGAUCCCAGAUCUCCUGAAGAUUUGGCUUUUGGGGAAGUACAGGUAACGUACCUCACUCAUGCCUGCAUGGACCUCAAGCUGGGAGAUAAAAGGGUGGUGUUUGACCCUUGGUUAAUUGGUCCUGCUUUUGCCCGAGGAUGGUGGUUACUACAUGAGCCUCCAUCUGAUUGGCUGGAGAGGCUGUGCCAAGUGGACCUAAUCUACAUCAGUCACAUGCACUCAGACCACCUGAGUUACCCCACAUUGAAGAAGCUUGCUGAGAGAAGAUCCAAUAUUCCCAUUUAUGUUGGAAACACAGAAAGACCUGUAUUUUGGAAUCUGAAUCGGAGUGGUGUCCAGUUGACGAAUAUCCAUGUAGUGCCGUUUGGAAUAUGGCAGCAGGUGGACAGAAAUCUUCGAUUCAUGAUUUUGAUGGAUGGUGUUCAUCCUGAGAUGGACACUUGCAUUAUUGUGGAGUACAAAGGUCAUAAAAUACUCAAUACAGUGGACUGCACCAGACCCAAUGGCGGGAGGCUGCCUAUGAAGGUUGAUCUAAUGAUGAGUGAUUUUGCUGGAGGAGCUUCAGGCUUUCCGAUGACUUUCAGUGGUGGAAAAUUUACUGAGGAAUGGAAAGCCCAAUUCAUUAAAACGGAAAGGAAGAAACUCUUGAACUACAAGGCUCGGCUGGUGAAGGACCUCCAACCACGAAUUUAUUGCCCCUUUGCUGGGUAUUUUGUGGAAUCCCACCCAUCAGACAAGUAUAUUAAGGAAACAAACAUCAAAAAUGACCCAGAUGAACUCAACAAUCUUAUCAAGAAAAACUCUGAUGUGGUAACGUGGACCCCACGACCUGGAGCCACUCUUGAUCUGGGUAGGAUGCUGAAGGACCCAACAGACAGCAAAGGCAUCAUAGAGCCUCCAGAGGGGACCAAAAUUUACAAGGACUCCUGGGACUUUGGACCAUAUUUGAAAAUCUUGAAUGCUGCUGUAGGAGAUGAAAUAUUUCUUCACGCUUCCUGGAUAAAAGAAUACUUCACUUGGGCUGGAUUUAAGGAUUAUAACCUGGUGGUCAGGAUGAUUGAGACAGAUGAGGACUUCAACCCUUUUCCUGGAGGAUAUGACUAUUUGGUUGACUUUCUAGAUUUAUCCUUUCCAAAAGAAAGACCAAGCCGGGAACAUCCAUACGAGGAAAUUCGGAGCCGGGUUGAUGUCAUCAGACAUGUGGUGAAGAACGGUCUCCUCUGGGAUGACUUGUACAUCGGAUUCCAAACCCGGCUUCAGCGGGAUCCUGACAUAUACCAUCACCUGUUUUGGAACCAUUUUCAGAUAAAACUCCCCCUAACACCACCCAACUGGAAGUCCUUCCUGACAUGCUAUGAACAGAGCAAAGCUGAGAUUUCCCAGGUAAAGCAUCCCAUAGACCUGGGAGACACCCUUAUCAUAUGUGCUAUCACACUCUCCAGCAUCUGAAUUCAGCAGGCACCAUGGCUGGCAGAAAGCCUGACUUUCGGGGGAAUGAGAGGAGCUAACAUUAGAAGAAGAACAUUUAAGUUUAAAAAUAAGUAAAUAAAAUGAGUAGUGAGUACAUCCAGCUCAAAAUCCAUGGAAUCUUUGGUCUGGUUGAGGUGAACAUACAGAUUAAUAAAUAAGACAAAAAUUAUCCUAGGUGGUCAGUGAGUGUUCAGAGUUAAAUCCUGAACACAUGAAGGAAAGCAGCAACUAAAGACAAAUACUGUUUGAUUUCACUUAUACCUGGAAUCUAAAAAACAAAGCAAAAGAACAAAUGUAAAAAAACAGAAACAGAAAUAUAGAUGUAGAGAAUGAACUGGUGGUUACCAGAGGGGAGAUGGGUGGAAGGAGGAAAGAAGUGGAUGAGGGAGAUAAGAGGUACAAACUUGCAGCUGCAAAAUAAAUGAGUCACCAGUAUGAAAUGUACAAAGUGGGGCAUAUAGACAAUAAAUAUGUAAUAUCUUUAUAUUGUGACAUUUCAUAACUAGACUUAUUAAGGUGAUAAUUUUGAAAUAUGUAGAAAUACCUUUCUAGGCUAAUGGAGAUCAGCUUGUCUGGCGUGAAUCAGAUUUGACAGUCCUUCCUACCACUUGGAAUGUGAUUUUAUUAACUGAACCACAAAACCUGUUUCCAUAUAUUUGUUCUGGGAACGAUAACAUAAUAUUACUAUAAAUACUAUAGUUUAUUUAUAUAUUCAUUUAUUCCGCAAAUGGCUAUCUCAUCACAUUGUAUUGCAAUAAUCUGUUGUCCCUUCUGGUUAGUAGACUCUGCAUUUCUUAAAAGUAGACACUCUGCCUUCGUACACUAGUACUCAGCCCAGUGCCUAGUGCACACAUGCUUUUAUCUGUAAUAUACAUUCAAGGAAGAAAGAAACAAGCAAAUUUCUGUCUCCCACUGUCAGUGUGACUUGCCUCUUAAACUAGGCUGCAGUGCCCUUACCAGUAAAAUUAAGGAACAAAAUAGAACAUUCUUUUCAGCUGUAAAAUUCUUUGUUCCAUACUCUAGUCUAGCACAAGGCAUUGGGCCAGAUCUUCUAAAUUAUGAUUAUUGGCUGGAAGGGAUGCUAAGGGAAUUCACAUACAACUAGAUUAUAAGGUAGACUUAACAAGCAUUAUAUUUGGUGUACACACUAAGUGUUGGGAAGAGAGAUUACAGCUGACUCUUUGAGAUGACCAGGAAGAACAUUAUGGAAAAGGUAGUAUUUCAGGGGAAUAGGGAGGCGGUGUUAGAGCAUCUUGAAGGUUGGAAAAUAUUUUUAAUAAGCUGAAAUGGAAGGAGAGAUGAUAGACAGAAUAUUCCAGACAGGAAGAGUGGGUGAAGUUAAAAGGUGGAAAAAUUCAAGGUGAGUUGGGGCAAUGGCAAGUCCUCCUGGUGGGACAGAGAAGAACGGAAAAGCAGGAAUGAGGUGUGAGUGACCCUGGAAGAACAAAGAGUCCACAGGCUCAGUGGAGAUGCUGAGCAGGUUCAGCAGCUGUGAAAAAGCAGGAGGCAUUAAAGGGAAGGAGGCAAGUGAACAACAGACACCAAGUCCAAGAUCUUGGAGGUGGAGCAGCUCUGAAAAAAGGCAGGUCAAUGGUGUUCCUGUGUAAGUGGUGAAUGAGAUGGAGCAGAGAUGAAGGUAAUAGGAGUCGGGAAGUCAAUGUGUGCAGCUUAGAGUUGCCUUAUCAAGGAGGCAAUAAACAUGGUGGUCAACACUUCAGACUUGGAAACUGACUUCUUGAGUUACAGUCUUGAUUCUGUUACCUGCUUUGUGACCUUGGGCGAAAUCUGUCUCAGAUUUUCAUCUGUGAAGUGAACGUAAUAAUAGCACCUUCCUCAGGGCUGUGUCGGAUUAGUAAGGCCCUUCUGGAAGAGUGAGUGGCAUGUGGUGAGUGAACAAUAGAUGCUAACUGUAUCAACUGUAUGAAAUAAACAGGAGAGUCAUGUGACCUACAGCCAGGAACUUGGGGAACCUGUAAAAAGUUGGGAGGAGAGUCAAUUCCAGUUCCCAUUCCAGUUUUAGAUUCUCUCUUAAACCUUAAUGCAUCAUAGACUAUGUAACCCACACUAAAGAAUAAAAAUAAAACUCACCCCAGUGCAAUAAAAAAUGAAAAAUAUUAAUACAAGCCAUACUGUUUUCCAUUAGUAAUAUCUUUAAU